UUAUAUUUGACCAGAACUCGCCAUUGAUGUGCUCAAGUCGUACCAAGCGACAACAGAAUAUCCAGAACGUGACGUAACAAGCUUGAAGAAAUUACGACAAGAGAUGCUGGUGAAGGAAGAGGAACUGAACAGUCUUUCUCAACAGCUGACACAACAGCAAGAAGAAUGUUCUGCCAUUCAUGGUCAACUGGAGAUGGAGAAAGCAAAACAACAACAGUUUGAGGAAACCAGCCAAGAAUUGGUGAGUUAGAGUAGCGUUUUGACCUUGAAUUUUAUAAUGGAUCGUGAGAAAAUAUUUUCUGUCUCUUUUACAGACGACGCUUCACGAACGAUUUAAACAAAUCCAGGAAGAAAAUCAAUCCCUCAAGGCUAAACUUGAAUCACAGAAAGACACAGUGUAUGAAAGACAGAGGCAGUCGGGUAUGUACGGACUUUGAGCGAAAAUGUUUACCAAAGACGACUCCAUUAGACAGAGACAAGUUGAAACAAACUACGACAGGCUUUAUAUGUUUUCACUUCUAGACGAAGCAAUAAAUAACUAUCAAGUCCUCCAGGACGACAAUUACAAGCUCAAACAACGUUUGGAUCAACAGAGGGAAAACUUACAACAAUUGAACGAGUUAGCAAGCAUGUUGCAGGAGAGUCAUAGGUAAGCUUCGUUUUCAUGAGAAAGAAAAAGAUACGAGCUAGAUGGAGCUUGUUCCCAGUUGUUGUGACUUUGUUUUGUCUCUUCUCAUGUAGAUCUCUCGUUGCGACGAACGAUCACUUACUACUUGAGUUGUCUCAAGAGAAAGAUCGUCACCAGAGCGAAGUGAACCAACUACAUUGGAGUUAUAAACAGUUAAAGAAAUCAAUUGAUUGGAUACCCAAUGUCGAGAAGACGUUGCACAAAACAUAGAUAAGUAUAAACUGGUGUGCUGAACUUGAGUGGUAAUGUUGAUAGUGUAAGAUGUUCAAAACUACCAGUAUAGCUGGGUUUCACUAAGUACUAUCGUGCAGGAGAUGGUGGCCAUUAUAAACUGGUGUGUGCUGUACUUGAGUGGUAAUGUUGAUAGUGUAAGAUGUUCAAAACUACCAGUAUAGCUGGGUUUCACUAAGUACUAUCGUGCAGGAGAUGGUGGUCAUUAUAAACUGGUGUGUGCUGUACUUGAGUGGUAAUGUUGAUAGUGUAAGAUGUUCAAAACUACCAGUAUAGCUGAGUUUCACUAAGCACUAUCGUGCAGGAGAUGGUGGUCAUUAUAAAUAAAUAAAGAAAUCAAUUGAUUGGAUACCCAAAGUCGAGAAGACGUUGCACAAAACAUAGAUAAGUAUAAACUGGUGUGCUGAACUUGAGUGGUAAUGUUGAUAGUGUAAGAUAUUCAAAACUACCAGUAUAGCUGGAUUUCACUAGCACUAUCGUGCAGGAGAUGGUGGUCAUUAUAAACUGGUGUGCUGUACUUGAGUGGUAAUGUUGAUAGUGUAAGAUAUUCAAAACUACCAGUAUAGCUGGAUUUCACUAAGCACUAUCGUGCAGGAGAUGGUGGUCAUUAUAAAUAAAUAAAGAAAUCAAUUGAUUGGAUACCCAAAGUCGAGAAGACGUUGCACAAAACAUAGAUAAGUAUAAACUGGUGUGCUGAACUUGAGUGGUAAUGUUGAUAGUGUAAGAUAUUCAAAACUACCAGUAUAGCUGGAUUUCACUAAGCACUAUCGUGCAGCAGAGGGUGGUCAUUAUAAACUGGUGUGCUGUACUUGAGUGGUAAUGUUGAUAGUGUAAGAUAUUCAAAACUACCAGUAUAGCUGAGUUUCACUAAGCACUAUCGUGCAGGAGAUGGUGGUCAUUAUAAACUGGUGUGCUGAACUUGAGUGGUAAUGUUGAUAGUGUAAGAUAUUCAAAACUACCAGUAUAGCUGGAUUUCACUAAGCACUAUCGUGCAGCAGAGGGUGGUCAUUAUAAACUGGUGUGCUGUACUUGAGUGGUGAUGUUGAUAGUGUAAGAUAUUCAAAACUACCAGUAUAGCUGGAUUUCACUAAGCACUAUCGUGCAGCAGAGGGUGGUCAUUAUAAACUGGUGUGCUGUACUUGAGUGGUAAUGUUGAUAGUGUAAGAUAUUCAAAACUACCAGUAUAGCUGAGUUUCACUAAGCACUAUCGUGCAGGAGAUGGUGGUCAUUAUAAACUGGUGUGCUGUACUUGAGUGGUAAUGUUGAUAGUGUAAGAUAUUCAAACCAGUAUAGCUGAGUUUCACUAAGCACUAUCGUGCAGGAGAUGGUGGUCAUUAUAAACUGGUGUGCUGUACUUGAGUGGUAAUGUUGAUAGUGUAAGAUAUUCAAAACUACCAGUAUAGCUGAGUUUCACUAAGCACUAUCGUGCAGGAGAUGGUGGACAAACUGCAGUUAUCAGAGUGAGAAAAUAAUGUUAAGGUAAGUAUGAAAAUUUUCUGAGAUUGUCCACCAUUUGCAACCUCGUACCCAGGCUCUUUCUGGGUACGAGGUUGCACCAUUUGCUGCUCUGUUAGUCUCAGUGAAAGCCAGCAAUAUAGAAAGAUAUAAAUUAUGAUAUAAUCUAGAAUAUAUUGAAUAUAUUAUUUUGCAAAGCAGUUUGGAUCUCUUGAAAAGUACGUUAAAAACCUGAAUGGCGAAAAAUUGAAACAAAUAUGAUUUACGAUAGCUGUACAUAACUUUCACUUCAGUCUAAACUCAAGCAAAGCUCCUGUAUAUAUAUACUACUUUUUCCAACGAAAAAACACAACAAUGGGAAUUCAGUUUGAGCUUAUUACACAGCAAUGAUAACAUAAAGUCUUGUGUAAUAUACAACGACCAAAAAGUAAAAUACAUGGCAAAGGCCUUUCUAUAAAGCUAAGACCUAAGUAAAUAUGUAACGGUUUGCGUUCAAGCUGUGCGUUUUAAUUAAAAGAAAGGAGCACAGUUCAGCAAAUUAAUACUGUACCGAUGAUUUAAUGAUAACUAGUGCAGUUUAAAUUAACUAAAAAUAGUAUUUUAUAAGAAACAAAGUCCGCAUACAAGUCAAGUGUUCAGUGAGUUUUGUCAUAGGUGUCUUUUCCUUUGUAACCACCAACGUAUCCUGACUCAGCCUUGUUGUCAAAAUCUUUUCGUCCGUCUAGACCUUUUCCCUUGCCUGCAUCAUCAAAUCUCUCCUUGUGUGAGCCUGUGUAUUUUGAUGUGUCUGUCAAGCGGUCAACUGCUCCAGCUUUUGUUGCUUUC